CCUGUCUCUUACUCCGAAAGCUCACUCGCUUCGCUCGUCAUCCAUCGAUCCCCGCCGCGGCCAUGGCGACCGCCACGCUCCCCCUCCGCCUCCUCCCCUCCAAAACCCUAACCCUCCCCGCAGCCGCGCCAUCCUUCCCCUCCGCGCACUGCUCCCUCGCCUCCUUCGCCGGCCCCGCGCCCCGCCGCUGGCACCUCCGAGCCUCCGCCGAGGAGGCGCCCGAGCCCGUGGAGGUCGAAUUCGUGGAGCCCGAGGCGGAGGCCGGCGGGGAAGACGAGGAGGAGGUGGUGGAGGAGGAAGCCGCGGUACCGGAGCCCGUAGAGGCGCAGCUCGCCGCCGCGGGGGCCGGCAAGGACGCUGACAUCUUCGCCGUUGUCAUGAUUGGUUCGAGGCAGUAUAUUGUGAUGCCAGGCCGGUAUAUAUACACGCAGAGAUUGAAAGGUGCCAAUGUCAAUGAUCAGCUUGAUUUGCAGAUCAUAUUAAACAAGGUUCUGCUAGUGUCAACUAGAGACAAAGCUUACAUUGGCAUGCCAGUGGUGACCAAUGCUGCUGUUCAUGCAGUGAUCGAAGAACAGGGACGGGAUGAUAAAGUUAUAGUCUUCAAGUUCAAGAAGAAGAAGAAGUACCAGAGGAAACUUGGUCACAGACAGCCAAAUACAAGGUUAAGAAUCACGGGCAUAAGUGGAUACGAAGAAUACCCUGCUGACCCAAUACUUUACCCUGUUGCAGCUUAAGUUAAAUUGUAAGUUAUGUAGUUACAAACGGUUGGUAGUACAGUAGCAUGCAAGUUUGCCUUUUUGUGUCUUCAAGGAACAUUUUUUAAACAAAAUUUACUUUGUUUGUGUGUUCGAAAUGCUGCCAGUCAGCCAGUUGUUCCAUCCUCUGUUUAUUCCA